GAGCCGUGUCCAUUGAGUCACGGACUCACCAUCCGCAGGUAAUUCCGUUCCUGUGCAAGUUUUUACAGUGGGCGUUGUGACUCGCAGCAAAAAGCCCGCACUCGCUGAGUCAGUUCUCAACUUCCCAUUCACUGCGAAUCCGACGCACCGCGAUGAUGGAGUCGUCCUCGCAUGAGGGGUUCAACUCAUCUGAUAAUUCCGACAUGUCGGACCCCAAACGGAAAGUUGCGUUAAAAUCGCAGGACAAAAGCACCGGGACAGCAGGCUCAUCUGCCAAGACCAGUGAUAUGAAAAAUUUGAAACUGGCAAUUCACACAGCACUCAAAAAAGGAGAACUCAACCCUCCAUAUAUUCUGAAAGACGAGCUGGAGAACAUUUUCGACGUUUGGAAGUCGUUCGCCCGUGUUUGUUUUCCUAAUGGUGCCCCUGUGCGGGAACACUGCAGCGGAUACGUAGCUUGUAGACAAUGUCUCAGAGUGUAUGCGUUCACUCCCUCGCACGGGACAAGUAUCCUGCGACAACAUACUUGUCGCAAGGAACCGGAGACGGCAGACCUCAUGCGCCUGCUUGCUACCUCUGCCGAGCUUACAGCAACUCAAAAGAACAGGAUGGCCAAAAAGGUUGUCAUGUGGUGCUGCAAAGAUUUGCGGCCGUUCACCGUGGCAGAGGACCAGGGUUUAUUAGAGGUUCUGCAGGAGGCGUACGAUAUGGGCGUAGCAGUGGACAGCGGCUCAAACAUGGCCGCAAUAGAAGGGAUCCGAAAAAUUUACAAGUGGAUUGUCUGCGCAGACCAUAAAAUUGCGACGGUACUGACAACCGUCUUCAACAAAACUUCAACCACAACAGGCGGAGUUCGCUCGUCGCCGUUCUACAGAUAUCACGAGUUUGCACCGCACUUGUUUGAAAUGAUCGACAACUCGAAAACGUUGGUUCGAUUCUUCAAACAAGGAAACUUGCAGAACAGUCUGAGCAAGACGUUGAGGCAAGAAAACGUGACGCAGUGGAACUCCUUACUGAUUUUGCUGAACAGUAUUUUGGACAGUUAUGAUGAGGUUAUAACUAUGCUCUCUAGGCUUGCCAACACUAAUCAGCAAGCCAACAAACAGUUCCUCGUUACAAGGAUCGACAAGACCUCGCUCGUAGAUUUGGUGUGGUUCUUGAGACGAUUUCAGACUGCCACACUGAAGUUGGAACAGUACUUGGAGCCGACAAUACACCUUGUGGCAUUUGAGCGGAGUGUCCUUUUGGAGUAUUGCGAACCUCGUAACGAACCAUACAACGGCGAGGAUGCCGAGGGCAACAACUUCACCAUUUCAUCCGACUCCGACGACAUUGCAGUCAUCAAGAUGUUGAUGAAGGAUGUGCUGCGAGAGAAGUGGAUAUUGGAGGAUCUUCACAUUGCCGCAACUUUGCUUGAUCCGUGGCAAAAGGAAAGGUUGGACCGUUUCGGUUUGUCGGAAGCCGAGGUUGAGCAAGGAAAAAACUGUUUGCAAGAGUUCAUGUAUAAUGUCAAGGACUCGAGCGUUGAGCCAAGCGAAGAACAUGUUGCAGCGGAGGGAAAGCGGCCAACAAAGAGGAGGAAGAAAGCACCCGAGAAAGAGAUCCCUGACGAGUUGACAUUGUGCAGUACGGACGAAGACGAGGAGAAGGACCUGCCCAUCGCUCGAACCGGGCCGUUGACGUUGCCACAGCGUAUAAAAAAGGAGUUGAGUUGACAUUGUGCAGUACGGACGAAGACGAGGAGGAGGACCUGCCCAUCGCUCGAACCAGGCCGUUGACGUUGCCGCAAAGUAUAAAAACGGAGCUAGAAUUCU